AGAAGCCUGUAAACAUAAAAAUGGCAUCAAAAUUGAGAAGGUGGAGCAAGGAUAUUUAUAUCUCUGCUCUGCUUGGAGUGCUUCUCUAUGUUACUUUAACCACUUGUUUCCAUGGAUUACAUAACUAUUUGGAGGAACAUACCCAAGUCAACCUCGCCGACAACUCGGUUAAAAGACAAGGCUUGGUGGUACGAAGCGUAAGAGAUGGGUUUACAGCAUUGGCAAUCCGGUUUCUUCAUUUCUUGGUGGCGAAAUUGUUACAGUUCAGACAUGUGCUGCUGCUGCACCAACCGGUUCCUUUCAUGCCCAUCACAUUUUGGCUAGCCUUUAUGCUAUCAAUCUUCCAUCAGUCUUUGUGAUAAGAAUUUCAAGACAUGAUUGCAUUUUUGGAGAAUAAAAAUUAAAGAAGUUUUUUUUCUUCUUUUUUACAAGUUCUUGAUUAAUCUUGAACCAAUGAUUAAUUA